CUCGCGUCUACAGACUCGAGGCUAUCUCAUGAUGCAGAGUCACCACUCGAGACAGUGCCGCAAUUCUCAAGAUCACACCUCAUAUCCAGACAAUGGGUAACAGUCGCCACGCGGCCCUAUCCAAGUCCAUUCAGCGGGCGAUCUUCCGCGAUCCCGCGAGCUUUCGCAAGACGCUGAUCGGAAGAUUCCUCGCCUUCUUCACGCUUCUAUAUAUCAAACUCCUUCGCUACGGACACGUGCAGUUUCAAAAGCUGCGUAACGAGGUCUGGCAGAUCGACGAGGAGGAAUACAAGGCCAGCUUCCGGGAUGACAACAAGAAGACUGUUUCCUUGAAGCCGAUGGGCGACCUGGGCCUGUCAGGAUCGACCUUCUUCAGCACCUCGAACUCCCGCUUCCUGGUCAAAAGCCUGCCCCGCCAUUUCGAGCAUUCCUUCUUCCGCGACGACAUGUUCGAGCCCUACUACAGGUACAUGACCGACCAUCCCGAAUCGCUGCUGGUGUGGAUCACCGACUACGUCUACUCGCCGUACUGGACGAUCGGGAACCUCGUGGGCACCACACCCGCGCACCACAUCAUCAUGGAGAACCUGCUGUGUGGGCGGGAGGCGGACCCGGCGGCCGACGAGUGGGAGACCUACGACCUGAAGCCCAUCGACUAUUUCUACCCCGAGCGCGAUCUGGUGCCCGACCCACUAGUCAGCAAGGCCACCUUGGGCAAGAUCGCCGACGAUUUCGACGACAAGGUCCGGAUCAACCAGUCGACGUACGUGGCCCUCAUGCAGACGCUCGAGGCCGACACGCUGUUCCUCGAAGCCGCGAAUGCCGUGGAUUACUCGCUGUAUCUAGUUCGUUUUCCAACUUCCUCCACACCUGAUAUCGUCGGGAGGCCCAACCCGUGGCGGAUCGGGUUGGAGUCUGCGGAUGGGAAGUGGAAAUACCGGGCCGUGAUUCUGGAUUUCUUCUGGGCGCGGCACAAGCUGCACGCCCAGGCCAUGACCGGGAUGGUCCAGACCUUUAACAUCAUCGGCCGCCAAGGGCCAAUGACAAUUACAACGACGGCAGACGAGUAUCGGAAGAAGUUCUUGACUAUGGUGAAGGCCAUGAUCGAAGUAAUCGAGUAGAGCUGACGGUGAACUUUAAUACCCCAUCUUCAUGUCUAUAUCUGUGCACUGAGUAUUUAGGAGAAUAUCAUGUCGUUUUGUUGGACGACCGACUAACGACUUGGUCGUGUCAACUAACAUCGUUUCGUUUUUAUUUAGUUGUCGCUUUUUCGCGUUCACUCGUAACACCGUAUAUCUACACCCAAGAUAGCCAACGAUGCAGCCUUUCAACGACGCGGCGUUCUAUCAUAUCUAUAGCCUGUG